UUAGUUGCUUUCCAUUUACAUCAAAACUCAGAUAAAUCUCACUUCUAUCUUUGUUACUCACAGAAUAUGAAACAAAGAUAGAAGUGAGAUUUAUCUGAGUUUUGAUGUAAAUGGAAAGCAACUAUUAUAUUCAUAGAUUUGUACCAUCAGAAUAUAACCUAUAUGUUAUACUGGGAUCUUUCAUUUUACAUCUUGAUGACAUGUGUGAAGGAAGCUUAGCUGUUAUCAACACUAAUUGGUUAACGCCUCGUAAAACACAAGUUUUUUGGCCACCAUAUAAAAAUAUAACAACUUUUAACAAAGCGUUGAAGAAGCAUGAAGAAAUCAAUGAAGAGAAAUGGACGUUGUAUGGUAUACAGAGAAUUUUUUAUGAAACAAGCUUUUCUAAAAAUAAUUUCUCAUAUAACAAUUCAUUAUAUAUUCUGAAUGAAGAAGGUAAUACAUAUAAAAUUUUUAUACAUUAUCAAAGAAGUAUUUAG